GUGGCGCGGAGAAGUCUGCAAAACAAGAGACGGAGGAUUGCGUUAGCGACAUACCACUUCACGCCGGAGCCGCGGGUAGGAGCGUCGCGGUCGGACCCGGCCGCUGCGCGGUACUCUGAGGAAAAGCUACCGCCAGGUGGACGCGCCGCCGCAGCAGCAUCAUGGGGAAGGGCGACCCCAACAAGCCGCGGGGCAAGAUGUCCUCGUACGCCUUCUUCGUGCAGACCUGCCGGGAGGAGCACAAGAAGAAACACCCCGAUUCCUCGGUCAACUUCGCCGAGUUCUCCAAGAAAUGUUCCGAGAGAUGGAAGACCAUGUCUGCCAAGGAAAAAUCCAAGUUUGAAGAUAUGGCAAAAAGUGACAAAGCUCGCUAUGACAGGGAGAUGAAGAAUUAUGUUCCUCCCAAAGGUGACAAGAAGGGAAAGAAAAAAGAUCCCAAUGCGCCUAAAAGGCCUCCAUCUGCCUUCUUCCUGUUUUGUUCCGAACAUCGCCCAAAGAUCAAGAGCGAGCACCCUGGCUUAUCCAUUGGCGAUACUGCCAAAAAAUUGGGUGAAAUGUGGUCUGAGCAGUCAGCCAAAGACAAACAACCCUAUGAACAGAAAGCAGCUAAGCUAAAGGAGAAGUAUGAAAAGGAUAUUGCCGCAUACCGUGCCAAGGGCAAGAGUGAAGCGGGAAAGAAGGGCCCUGGGAGGCCAACAGGCUCCAAGAAGAAGAAUGAACCAGAAGAUGAGGAAGAGGAAGAGGAGGAAGAGGAUGAAGAUGAGGAGGAAGAGGAUGAAGAUGAGGAAUGAAUGGCUAUCCUGUAACGAUGUGUGUGCAGUGUGCGUGUGUGCUCAGGCAGUGGUUUUGCUAAGAAUGUGAAUUCAAGUGCAGCUCAAUAUUAGCUUCAGUAUAAAAACUGUACAGUUGUUUGUAUAGCUGAUAAGAUUCUUUGUAGAGAAAAUACUUUUUUAAAAAUGCAGGUUGUAGCUUUUUGAGGGGCUACUACAUACAGUUAGAAUUUAAAGCUUUUGAUGAAUGUUUCUGAAUAUUUAAUGGUUUCUUUAACUUUUUGACUUGUGUAUGGUAGCACAGCAAACUCAUAGAAAUUAGUAUCAAUAGUGAAUUUUGUGUUUUCUAGAAUGAGAGUGUUGCAUUGUUUUUUUUAAAAAGUUUUUGUAAUAAAAUUAUGUAUAUUAUUUCAUUUGUCUUUGUCGUAUAUGCUCAAUUAGCUUUUGCUUUAAAAGUCAUGGUCUGGAACCAUGUCAACUUUUUUUUGUUUUUCUGCCUAAUAGUUCUCAGACAUGGUUGAUUUAGUAUAAUGUUUGUUUAAAAGUCAAACAUGCCCAUAUUAUUCAUAUUUACAAAGUGUUCUUUAAAAACCAGCGGUGGAAUUUAAUGAACUUCAAAAAUUUAUGCAGUUUUAUAAAAUGAGCAAGGUUUGUUCUUGACAUUUAUGUUCAUUUGUUAGCUAACUUGUCCCUUUUUUUUAGGUGACAUUUUAUUUUGAGAGAAACUUUCUUUUUUAGUACGAGGCAGAGGAGCUCAUACAGUGACUCCAUACCUAAAAACACAUAAACUUUUAAAAACAAUAGGAACAGGUUUACAUUUUCUGUUGAUAAUGAUCUAGUUUGGGGUAGAAUACCAGAGUGAAUUUUGAGUUAAAUCUUAAAAAUCACUGUGGUCUUAAGCCUAGAAUUCUCAGUAACUAACCCAAGAAAGCUUUUGAGAUGGUGGUUGUGAUUUUCCAUGACUGUAGUUAGGCGAGAUUUUACGAGGAUAUUUAUUUACAGGUGAAAGCAGUUACUAGGAAAUGCUCAUUUGAGGAAGCAGUUGCUUGCAUUGGAAUUUAGAUAACUAUUGUAAAUAGUUAUCAAGUUAUUAGUGAAAGUUAGCCAUCUGUUGUCUAAGAGAUUAUAGAAGAAACCUAUUUGUCGAUAGUUUCAUAGUUAAACCUGACAAUCUUGGUUACCUAUCAAUUAUUAAAAAUAGGAGCCAAAAUUCUUAUUACCCAACCAUGGGAGCCUUGGUUGUCCAUCUUAUGCUAUAUUUGGAAUUAUUUCUGACACAGGAAAUACUAACCAAACUUGUUAAAUGGAAGGUAAGGUAUUAGCAUAAUUCCCAGAGCAGAUGGACUGAAGUAGAAUCUUCAGCCCUCUUAGAGAUUGCCCUCCAUUAAUAUCACAGUUGUUGUUUUGGGGCUUUUCCUGAUCAUAAAAUGAAAACUAGUUUUAUGUAUUUAAAAAGUAUUUCCUGGUGUUAGGUGACUUAAUGCUAAAAAAUUGGGGGUAAGGUGUUUUAGAGACACGCCUAGGUCUGGAUCCCAGUUCCCCAGCUGUACCAAAUGCUAGCUGUAUGGACUUUACCUCUGGGCUUAUUUCUCCUUAUCUGUGUAGGGUGUCAGUACCUACUUCGCAGUGUUUUAAUGAUUAAAUGAGAAUGUUAAGUAUUUACAACAGUACUUAAUGCAUAGAAAAGAUACUAAAUAGGAGUUUUUAAAAUUGAAAUAGAGUCUGUUUCUUAAGGAUUUCUAUAUCUAUAAAUUAGACCCAUGAAGCAGACCUAUCUGGUUCCUUGUCACCUUUCUUUUUGGGAGUUUUUGUGUUUGCUUUCAUUCUGUUCUUUAAAUGAAAUAUAGUUUAAAUGUCUAAGAGUGACUCAUUCUUUUAAAAUCAAGAGUUGUUCCAUAAUCUCAGCAUUUGAGAUGAGUCCUCAUAUUUGAUAUUUUCUCUAAGUGUGGAUCAAAAUUUAAAAUACCCUUGUUUUCAGGACUAAAUGACUUCAAGGAGUGGUUAUGUUGGAAAGCUCUGAAAUGGGGGUAAGAAUCAGGUUCUAUCCCAGUCCAGCCAGUACUUGGGGAUGUGUUUAUGAAAACCGCCUGCCCCCCCCUUUUCUUUUUAAAAAUAAGUCAUAUCUUGAUGGUAAAAAAUGUAAAAGGGCUAUAUAGUGGGUAGUUUACAACCUUGAUUUCCAACUACCAGGUUCUCCCAGGGGGCAACUCCAGUAAUGUAAUAAUUGACCCUUCAAGAGAGACUGAAGCACAACAGUCAUAUGUGCAUAUAUAUCAAUGUUGCACAAAAGGAAGCUUAUUAUAUAUGUUGUUCUACCCCUUAAUUCUCAUCAUUUUAGAUUCUUAGCACAACAGAGCUGCCACAUUUCACUUCAAUAGCCAUCUGCAUAGUAGCCCAUUGAAUAGAUCACAAUGUAACCAGUUCCUUAAAGAUACUUAUGGUUGUGGUUUUUUUUGCUUUAAGAACAACAUUGCCAUGAAUAUCCUUGUAUGAUUUCAAAAAGUUCAAAAGUUUGUGCAUUUAAAAUUGUGCUAAUUAUAAUAGCUAAAACCUGUACUUGGUAUAUGGCAGAAACUGCUCGCUCUCAGAAGUUUUACUAAUGUGUACUGCACAGCAAUGAAUGUCUAUUUCCUCAUCUCAGCAACAUUAUCAUUCUCAAACUUCAUAAUCUUUGCUAUUCUGAUAUAUAAAAAAUGGUUCCUCCUAUUAUGAAUUCAGCAUAUUUUUAUGUUAAAGAGCCAUUAGUGUUUCCCGUGGUCUUCUGUCUCAUUGGUCUUAUUAGUAAUUUGUGGGAAAUAAGGAAAAUGACCCUUUGUGACCUGCAUUGUAAAUAUUUUUUUCUAUGUUGUCUUUUGACUUUAUGAUGCUUGUCUUCAUGCAAAGAUUUGUUUUUAUGUAGGCAAAUUUAUUCCCUAGUGGCCUUGGGAGGCCUUUCCCACUCAAAGAUUAUAAAAAUUGUCUUUGCUUUCUUACUUUUUAUUACUUAAAUCUUUGAUCCUUCUGUAAUUUAUUUUGGUGCAAGAACUGAAGUAGGGUCUCAAAUUUCUUUCCAGAUGGUAGCCACUACUUUUGGUCUUUUAAUCUAUAAAAGCUGUGUUAGAAGAUCCUGCGGUCCCUUAUGUAACUUGCAAACUUGCUCAGUAUGGGACAGUAUGCCUUUUUGUGUUUUGCUCUUUAACAGCAUCAUUUACUGUAAGUACUAAACCAUAAGUUUGUCUUAGCCAAACAUAGCCUUAUCUUAAAGCUGACUUUCUAUUACUACGUAUGCCACUAAAAAUGUUUACAAAGCAGUAAUGAUUUUAUUUCUUGGGGAAUAGCAAGAAGAAAGCUAAAGGGCCUGUUUUGCCGAUGCAUAAGAUCCAGUCCUUUUAAAAAUAAAACAUCUCUCUCUAGAAAUAAGCCAUUUUUGUACACUUCGUGCCAGAAAGAGUUAACUAUUGUAUAAACAUUUGUAAACAUAAAUGCCCAGGAUGAAGGGGACAGCCAUUGUUUAGCUCAGUCCUGUUGCUGGAUGGAAAUGUGGGUCUAGGAUUCCCAAAUCUCCCCAAUUUUCAAGUGGAACCAGAAUUCUAGAUAUUUAAAAAAUGUGAAAUCUGAAUUGUAAAUAUUGGCAAUGAAUUCAAAUGUCAGGCUCAAAGAAAACAUGUCUGUAGGUAAGAUUCUGUUAAGGGUCACCAGUUUGCCACUUCUAUAAAUUAGUGUAGGUAAAUGUAGGAUUAUUAAUAACAUUUACUUGAGUUA